UUAUUGCAUCCACUUGCACUAAGACAUUUGGGACCACUUGUUUCCGCGGGACAGACCCCGUCCAAAAAUUCAUCUCUUUGUCGAGAACUCAAAUUUUGGCAUCAUUGAGUUUUCGCAUUUUUUUUUUUUAAUUUUUCCUCUUUUAUAAAUAAAAAAAAAAAUUUUUGUUCAAAAUGCUUAUCAAAAGUCUUUUUCUUAUUUUGAGUUUGUCAGCUAUUUCAAUUUUUGCUGAGGAAAUACCGGAAUUUUUAAAGAUAUGCAAAAGAAAUGAUCCUCACUUUGAGUUGUGUGUGAAAAAAAGUGUGGAAGCCCUCUUACCAUAUAUGAAGACGGGAGUUCCAGAAUACAAUAUUCCAAGUUUAGAGCCACUUUUUUUAAAAGAGUUGUCAGCUUCUCAGGGUACCGGUCUGAAAAUAGCUGCUAAAAAUGUCAAAGUAUUUGGAGCAAGUGGAUUCAAGAUCAAAAAAUUAAAGGUAGACACAAAUGAAUUUCGAAUAGGCGUCGAUUUGGAACUACCGCGUUUACAAAUUGAAGGACAAUAUAAUAUAAAUGGUCGAAUUUUAUUACUUCCUAUUCAUGGGGUAGGACCAAUGAGGGUUAAUGUUACGGAUGUUGGUGCAGUUGUUAGAAUUAAAACAAACCUUUAUACAAAUCCAACAACUGGUUUAGAUCACAUUAGAAUAUCUGAAUUUCGUCUAAAGGUGUCAAUUAGUAAAGGAAAUAUUGAGCUUGACAAUCUUUUUGGCGGUGAUCCAAUGCUUGGUGAAGUUGUUAAUAAUGCAAUCAACAACAAUUUUGAAUCAUUUAUAAGAGAGUUACAACCACUAAUUGAAAAAGCAUUAUCCGAAGCCCUUCUUGAAAUAUCAAACAGUAUAGUCAGGCCGUUCACAUUUAAACAACUCUUCCCGGAUAAUUAAUGUACUAUCUAUAAUUACUAUAUACACAUCCAACAAAAUGAUUUUUUACUAUAAAAGUGUAUUUCAAAAAUACAUUAACAUUUCUCAUAGGAAUUCCGAUCAGCAUAUUAUAAUAUACAAUCGAAUGGAAAAAUAUAUAUAUAUAUAAGUAAAAUUUUCAUGAAAAAUUCUUUAAUUCGAUGUUUUAAUAAAAAUGAUAAAUCUAAAAAUAAAAUGGAUAGGAAAAUUCUUGUGCAAUCAGACUUUGUAUUUUUGUAAAACUCAUAAUAUUAUGUUCAGUGUAAUGUAAAGUUAACGUUAAUUCUCAUUAAAUGAAAUAUUAAGAAAGCAA